UUCCCCAAACAUCUACAUGGUGUCAGAGCCGACUGUGGCGAUGGCGGCGGCGACCUGUGGCAGCUGCCGGUGGUGAGGCCAUCUCGAGAGCUGCAGGAGGAGAGGUUCGCUCUGGAGGCAUCUAGCUGCAACGGAAAGGACAACGGAGGCACCCAGUUCGUAGGAGAGGAUUUGUGGCUGGGUGUGCAGAGGAAGCAACUUAGGAGCUUGUGGUGGUGCGUGGAUUGGAGAAUAGAGCUCCUGAAGCCGCAUCAGAGGAGCUUGUGGUGGCAGGUAGAAGCAGGUCAACAUCGUGUGGUUGCUGGCCUGCAACGCAGUGGCAGCACAAAGGCUGGCAGGACCUCUGACGGGAACUGCAGACGUCAAGGAAAAGGUGAGGAGCUGAUCUACAAUCAGAAGCUGCAAAAUAGGGAGGAUUUGGUGCUGCUUGCUGCUGGAGGCUUGUACGUGUUAGUGAAAGGGAGCUAAGAGGUGCUGGUUAUUUGGGUUGUUUAGACUACUAGUUGGUACACAACAGUAUUUGUGGAAGUAUCUACGGCAGGCUGUAGAUUUCAGCAGAAAUGGGAGAUAAUCAGGGGAUUGAGCAGAUAUUGGGCAAGCUAGUCGAUUUGCUUACUGAGAAGAAGAAUGAGGCUCCAUCUUCGAGCAAAGUGGGUGUGCCAUUAUAUACAGAUGCAGUUCAGAAAUUGGAACUCACACCGAAUGAUAUCAAACUGGAAGGCGUAAAGAAUUAUUUAGCUUGGUCCAGGAGGGCAUUAUUGUUGUUAAAGGCAAAGAAACUUGAAAGUUUCGUUAAUGGAAAGGUAACUGAACCCAAGGAUAAAUCAAGUGAUGAAUGGAAAGCCUGGGAUGCUACUAACUCUUUGAUAGUUGCCUGGUUGUUGAGCUCAAUGGUGCCACCUAUUGCUGGAUCAGUAGAUACAAUUAUGACUGCAUAUGGUAUUUGGGAAUCACUAUCGAAGACAUACUCUGGUGUAGGGAAUGUGAUGUUGUUUGUUGAUACAGAUGAUAGGCUCUAUCAUCUGAAACAGGGGGAGCUAUCUCUGAUGGAGUAUGUUGCAGAGCUAAAGCGGUUAUGGGCUGAUUUGGACCACUAUGAUCCAAUUGAGUUGCCACACCCUGAUUGUGUGGCGUGGGUGAAGAAAUGGGUUGAGAAAAAACGAGUUCUCCAAUUCUUGAGAGGCCUCAAUUCAGAAUUUGAGGGAAGGCGUGCCUCUCUGUUUCAUCAAUCCAGCCUGCCUAGUAUAGAAGAAGCUAUUGCUGCUAUGGCACAAGAGGAAACUAGGCUAAAGGUAAUGAAAGGAAAUGUUCCAGCCCCAUCCCGUCCAGCAUAUGUUGUAACAAGAUCUCAAGAGACUAGAAUAUGCUAUAAUUGUGGUGAUAAGGGUCAUCUGAGUCGGGACUGCAGUCAACCACAAAAGACUUAUCGCGGAAGAGGAAGAGGCAAUGAUAGGGGUGCACCGAGAGGAGGUAGAGGUCAUGGUGGAAGAAGAGACCUUAGAGCCAAUUUUGCUAUGUCUGAGGAAGGUGCUUCAGACUUAGUCACAAUUUCAGCUACAGAAUUAGAAGAGUUGAGAAAGCUGAAGGAAAAUAAGAACAACUCAAAAUCAGAUGAUCAGGGAGUAGUGUCAACUUCAACAGAUAAUGUUGCCAAUUUUAUCCAUUGUGACGCAGGAAAGGAAGACUGGAAAGCGUCUUGGGACUGGGGUUCGUCAUAAUGGGCUAUGGUAUCUUGACAGAAGGAAGACAAAUAAAGCGAUAUGUCUUGCUUUAUCAGCCAUUGCAAAUGAAGAUGAGGCUAAGGUAAUGCUUUUGCAUUGUCGGUUGGGACAUAUAUCUUUUGAUAUUAUGAGUAGGAUAUUUCCUGAACAAAUGUGUAAGGUAGACAAAAGUAAGUUACUAUGUGAUGCAUGUGAGUUUGGGAAACACACAAGAACUUCAUAUGUGAGUAGGGGAUUGCGAAGUGUGUCACCUUUUAUAUUAAUUCACUCUGAUGUGUGGACUU